AUGUUCAAAAUUGAAUCAAGUGGUUGGUAAAAACAAGGAAUUCAUUUCAUAAUUAGUUGAUAUACAAGUUCAAAAACAGCAGAUAGUGUGUAUAGUAAAGUUAGUCAGAACAGAAGAAUCCAUUCAUUCAUUCAUAAAUUGGUCUGGGAAAAAGUAAUACUGUACAUUUUGAAAAAAAAAAGACGAAUUUGACAGCUUCGAGAGUUUGUUGAAAAUCAUAUAAUAUAAGAAUAAAGUCAGGGUCUAUCCAUGGAAAGAUACGAGAAUAACUACUUGGACGAGGAAGACUUAUCUUCCCAUCUUCAGCAACAACCACAGCAACCACAACCUCCUAUAGUUGAAGAAGCGGAAUUAUUAGCUGCUCAAGCUGCUGCAGAAGCAGCUGCUGCACAACAACAAAGACAACCAGGUGGAGCGUUUAAUAAUGUGGGACAAGGAUUAACAGGGAAACAUAGAGAUAUGAUGAUGCAAUAUUGGCAAGAAACCAUUAAUUCGAUUGAACAUGAUGAUCAUGAUUUUAAAAAUCAUCAAUUACCCUUGGCUAGAAUUAAAAAAGUUAUGAAAACUGAUGAAGAUGUAAGGAUGAUUAGUGCUGAAGCACCAAUAUUAUUUGCUAAGGGGUGUGAUGUAUUCAUUACUGAAUUAACCAUGAGAGCUUGGAUUCAUGCUGAAGAAAAUAAACGAAGAACUUUACAAAAAUCAGAUAUUGCAGCUGCUUUAACUAAAAGUGAUAUGUUUGAUUUUUUAAUUGAUGUGGUUCCAAGAGAAGAAGAAAAGCCAAAAAAGGCAGCUUAUACUCUGUCUAGAACCAAUAGUUAUGUCAAUAAUAAUAGUAAUAAUCAUCAUAAUGGAUCGAUUAAUGAAGAUUCAAAUGAUAUAAUUAAUGGAAAUGGAGUUAUUCCUGAAGAUUCAAAAGGUGAAGAAAAUAAUGAAUCUCAUCCAGUUUUAAAACAAGAAAAUGAUGAUGCCUUACAUCAACGAUUAUUCCAAGAACAGUUAUUACAACAACAACUCUUACAACAACAACAACAACAACAACAAGCCCAAUCUCAAUCACAAGUGCAACCGCAACCGCAACCACAAUCUCAACCCCCAUCUCAACCUCCUUCUAUAGAACAAUCAAAUUCAUCUCAUAUUCAAUCAUCUACAAAUGGAAACAUACAGAAUGGCAAUAGAGAUGAGAAUUUUCAAAACUUUCAAGAAUUUAACUCAACAGCUUAUACAGCAGAGUAUUAAUAGAUCUAAAAAAACCCCGAUUAUUUAACUUUUCCCACUUCCUUCUUCUUUUGUAUUAUUCUUAACUAAUAUUUUGUUGUUUUGUAUAGGUUUGUCUUUCCCAUGUUAUG